ACAUGAAUCGACCGCGAACGACCGACCGUCACGUUACCGAUUACGAAUCGCAGUCGACAUGCGGUGCGAUAGAAACGCGCUAACGGCCGGUGGUGGUCGCGCGGUGGUCGCGGCCGCGUUGCUCUCGUCCGUGGUGCUGUUCGCGCGAGCGGAACGCGUCCCGAUCAGGGUACUAGCCGUGCAGACGAUCGGCGCCCGGGGCCACUGGGACUUUAUGAGCAGCGUGCUCCGGGCGCUCGUGGACCGCGGACACGUGGUGACCGCGUACACGCCGCAUCCGGACGGUGGUCGCGCCAACUACACCGAGGUGGACGUGUCCAAGGGGCUGUGGCAAACGGCGGACGCGACGGUGACGGCCGCGCGCCGUCAGCGAGGCGCGGCCGCGUCGGUAGCCGCUAGCCGACACCAGUGCGACUUGGUGUACGGCCACUACAGGAUGCGGGAACUGCUGCGACGCGCACGACCGCCGAACCGCUUCGACCUGGUGAUCGCCGAGCCACUGAUGUCGGACUGCGCGGGGCACGCGGCCGCCGAGCUACGGUUGCCGCUGAUCUACGUGACCGCGUCCCCGGUCAUCGCGUACGCGGAGCGCGCAUACACCGGCCACACGCCCGGUCCCGCAUCCGUGUCUCAUGCCGCGGCCAGUCACGCGGUUCCGAACACGUUCUCCCGGAGGUUGGCGAACGCCGUCCAGUGGGCGGCGACCGUCGUCUCCGUCACGUGCGCCGAGGUCGCGUUCAGGCACACCGAGCCCAGGGCGUACGAUUCGCUGGGGCCCGUCGCACCCUCGUUGGUGUUCGUCAACGGUCAUCUCGUCGUCGACCCAGCUAGACCGGUCGCAACCAAUGUCGUCAACGUCGGCGGCAUACAUUUUAAAACGACUAAGCGUCUCCCCAAGGAUAUUUUAGAAUUUAUUGAACAAUCCCCAGAUGGUGUUAUUUAUUUCACACUUGGUUCAACUGUUAAAAUAUCUACGGCACCGGAACGCAUAAAAAAAUCAAUUAUGGAAGCCCUAUCACAACUCCCGCAACGAGUACUGAUGAAAUAUGAAGACAAAUUAAGAUGCAAGCCAAAAAAUGUGAUGACAAAAAUUCGCCUUCCCCAACGUGAUAUACUAUUGCAUCCAAAAGUGAAACUAUUCGUUAGUGAUGGGGGUGUAGAUGGAUUGUAUGAAGCCAUUGACGCCGGUGUUCCAGUCCUUGGAUUUCCUUUAUUACUCGGCCAGACAAGAAAUAUAGAGAGUUUAGUAAGUGCUGGUAUGGCGAUUUCAAUGGACUUAAUAUCCAUGUCAAAUGACACGCUCUUAAAAAGUAUUUUAAAUCUCCUCAACGACCAAAACUAUACAAACAAUGCAAGAUUAGCUUCAAAAAUAUUCAAAGACAGGCCUAUGUCACCGACACAAUCGGUUGUUUACUGGACGGAGUAUGUUCUUCGUCACAAGGGUGCACCACAUUUAAAAUCUAGUGCACCUAAUCUGAUGUGGUAUCAAUACUACCUUUUAGAUAUAAUUUCCGUUGUGUUAACAUUGGGUUUUGUCAUACUUUUUGUUGCUUACAAAGGUCUAAAAUCAUUUUAUAAUUAUUAUUACAACUAUUCACGAGACUUAAAAUCGAAAUCCCAAUAAGUGUUAACAUACGACUGCAGUAAGCUUCAUGACAUUUUAUAUUUUUUUUUAAAAAAAAUUUCAUUUAGUUGUUUCAAAAUUAAUUAAUUAUUUUACAUCUCAAGAUUAAAAAAGUUGAUACUGUAGCUAGUAAAAGUUUUACUGAAUUUGUAUUCAAUAUACCAUUUUCUGAAAAUAAAAAUUACAAAAAUUAAUAAUUUUAUCGCAGAUAUUAAUGACAACUCAGAAUUUAAUGAAUUGUAUUAUUUUGCAUUUUUAAUUUUAAAUAAAAAAAAUACUAAGUA